AUGUCGAUUAACUGUGAAGAUUCUCCUGCUGAAGAUCAUUCGUCCGUUCCUUUGCAGCCACCAGUCCCCGCUGACCUCCUGCCAGCUGGACCUGAGCCUGACGCGCCUUCUGAAGUUGAACGAGAAUCUUCUGAGGUUGUGCCAUCGCAGGAUGAGUUCGGACAGCAAAACGCUUCUGAAGCUCCGUCUUCCGCGGAAAAUUUUGCUACUUCAUCACCUGUAAAAAGAAUAGUGAUCGCUGACUCCGACGAUGACGUGACGGAUGAUGAGGAUGUCAGCACACAGGAUCCAAAUUUGGAUUGUCGCCUCAGGGAACACGACUAUGCCGUGUCAAGCAAUUCCCAUUUGGAAAAAUUACCUAUUUCCGAUGAAGGCUUUCCCGAAAUGCCAGGAUUAUCUGAAUUUGACUACUCGCCGGACCACACAGGAAUGACUUCUGAAUCGCACAUUUCUAACCGUGUGCCCACUGUUGUCUCAUCACAGUUGGGUUACGAACAAAGAGAGCCAAACAUUAUUAACAGGUCACAAGCAACGUCUCGAGAUACCGCCAUUUAUCGUACAACAGAUUCUCAAGCUGGAUAUCUCGCUCGACCUGCACGUACAUCUGUCCACACUCCCACCGGUUACCGAGCAGCUCCGGAUCGAAACUUGGCUCAUUCGCAACAGCCACACUUUCUCGUUGCUGGAUAUGGAGGAACAUCCGUAGCGCGAAGACUUGUGACUGCUUCUGCAAUGCCCAGUCCUUCGAUGAUUCAACAGAAACGGUCCGCUCCACGGAUUGUACCUUCUCCUGCUGGACUCGUCCGACCUGCAGGGGCGCGACUGAGCAACAGCACUCCUCACUUGUUGAUGCCACAACAUGGACAACGACAAUCUGCAGCGGCUGUGACGUCAACUCCCCCGGUACAACGGCAAGUCGAUCCACCACCGCAUCGGUCUUUUCAUCAAGGAUCCGACCCUCCUCCACAUCGAGUGCUUCUUCUUCAGUCCAGUGGUGGGCCUCGUGUUGCCUAUUCACCUGCCGAUCCUAGUCAGGCUGCCUUAGCCAAUGCUCCUGCUCCGCUUAUUGUACCAGGUCGCGGCACGAGGCCAAUUGUGCGUGGAAGAGGAGGAAACGCUUCGGGACGUGCCAAAAAAGAGAGCAUAAGUGGAGUAUCCGGUGAAGAAACUUCUCCAACUCAUUCUCCACAGUCAGCAUCUCGAAUACCUCUUAGUGCUCCUCUCCUUGGGAAUCGCCCUGCUCCUCUAUCUCCUAGAAAACAGGUUCACUUUUCUGAUGGCGUUGGAGUGCCUCCCACCAAUGCAACCUCACCUUUCCGCGUUGCGGCAGCCGCUCAGGCUACCUCGUUGCCCCCUCAAUCUGACGAUGAUUCUCCACCACAGCAAAGUGCAAUGCGAUCACCUUCGAGGCUAACUUCUGCUCGAUUACGUCCGUCAAGUGUUUCUAUCACAUCUAAUGUAGGAGUGCCACCUACAAAUGAACCUGCACCUUCGAUGCGACAGACGCAUGCUCCGGUGCCUGAAACUCCCCCUCUCCCCGACAACUUCGUAGACGAUUCAGAAUCUGGACCUCAACCUUCCCUUGAAACUGCAGAAAGCAAAUGCUCCACCCUCCCUCCCGAGGUGAUGGCUGCCGCAACUUCGUUGUCUGCCCAGUCUGAUGUUAGUCAGCCACAAUGGACUAGCAAUGAAUUUUCUGAAGACGAUAUUAAAGCGAAAAUUGAGGCUAUCAGUCGUGAGAUUGCUCAGGAGUUAGAACAGAAGCGAAUAGAAACCGAAGCUCAGGCGAAGGAGCGGAAGCGACUCGUCAGCGAACCUUCGUCCUCUUCACGUCGCAGAUCUGGAAACGAUGCUAUAUUCAGCGGUGAGGAAGGCGAAGCAGGAGGUCCAGUCUCUAUUCUUUCUCGAGGACGAGGACGACCUAAAGGAUCGGGAAGAAUGCGAUCGUCGCUGAGUAGUAGCAGCAGUGCAAGCGUUGCCGCUACUAGCACAACGCCUUCACAUCAUGACAUCUCGGAUGGUUCAUUCACUGCACCGAGGGGUUCCGACUUUCAACCUACACGCUCGUCAGGUCGUAUGGCAAGCCGAGCUAACGUUGCUAACACUGCUGUUUACGACGGAUCAAUGGCUCCAGAACUGCCUCCGAUAUUGCCUCCUAUUUCCGGAGCUCAAACGCUCCGUAGUGCGUACCAAAGUACCACUGCAUCAUCGCCAUCUCAUACGACAACCGCUCGUGCUCCAUUUCCUACGUCUAAUAGGUCUAAUUAUCAACAAAAAGACAUAAAUGGAGUUUCUCCUAAUGACGAGCUUGCAAACGUGAGCACAGAUCCUAGUAGUGAUGAGGAAGAAGGUGCAGAGGAAGCUGAAUGGGGAGACUAUGUAACGCGGUGUCUGUGUGAAAUGCAGCACAAUGACGAAUGGAUGGUCGAAUGUGAAAAGUGCAAUGUCUGGCAACACAUGAAAUGUAUGGGACUUGACCCGAAAAAAUUCAAUCAGAAUGAUAGUUAUCUGUGCGAGUUUUGCAAGCCUCGACCACUCAAGUGGACUAAGAAGCAGGCCCAAGAGUUGCAGUUAAAGCAGUUGAAAGCUGUGGCACGCGAAAAGGAGAGAAAAAUGGCAGAGAAGUUAAAAAGACGGGAGGAACGAAAACGCGCCAAACUCAGUCGGCGACUCAAAGAGCGCAAUCACACGAAAACACCUGCCAAACGUGGUCCAACAGCCUACAAAAAGUUCCAAAUGAUUCGUCGAAAUGAGUACACGAAACGAGCUAAGCAAAUGCUUGCACUGUUUGACACAACGGCUGGCGCGCAGAGCAUUCUGGAGAAUUCCCGUGACCUGAGACGUGGCAAACGCAUGUUUGUUGCUCCAGAUGUCGAAGGCCUCGUUGCAACCGAGUUCAUCAAGCAAGAUGAUGUGAUAAUGGAAUAUGUUGGUCACGUAUGUUUACCGGAUGAGUGUCCGGGGAGAUUACAGCGAGGUGCACUACAGCCGUACUGUGUACUGUAUAAUGGGCUUGGACAGAAUCUACUCUGCAUUGAUGCUCGUCGUCAAGGAAGCGAAGCACGGUUUGCACGCAGGUGUUGUCGAUCAAAUUCGACUCUUAAGCAUAUUUUACUAAAUGGGAACAUCUACGUUAUGUUGGUUGCCUCGGAAAAGAUAGAAAAAGGGACAGAAGUCACUAUCCCAUUCGAUUGCGACUUCCGCGAUACACUGGUCCCAGUAGAUUGUGCUUGUGGCGAAGACCCUAACUGUUACAUGAAACAGUUCAAUAACUCUUUACGUAGCAAAGCAACGUUUGAGGAACGUGGCAAUCACAAUGUUACACAAAGUCCUUCGCAAUCAUCUAAUGGCGUUAGCUCGGGUCGCAGACCAGGCCCUUCAACUGCAAAGGGUAAGUGCGACAGCCGUGGGCGUCCAAAAGGAAUUGGAAGGAAGGAAAAAGUCGCUGAGGAAACACCUAAAAAGAAGGGUUUGCCCGGUCGAAAACCGAAGAAGAUUGGUAUUCGUCUUCGACGUCAUUCUGAAAAUAAAAACGCGAAAUCACCCGAAAGCGCAAAGGAGCAGAGUGGAGAUGGGGAGGCUUCUGAUAACAAAGCGGAGGAUUUGACCGAAGAGAAAACCGACCAACAGGGAUCAUCUACAGCUGUAUCCAGCGAGAUCAUAAAGCAGGAGGAUUUACCGAAGGAGGAGGAGACUACAACAUCAACUGAAACAGAAUCAGUUCAAUCAACGAAAAAACAGAGCGGAAGCAUGAAAAAAUCGGAACCAGACUCACCGAAAAAGGAAGAACAACCCGCUGCUAGUAAAAGAAGGAGCAGCGCUGGGUCAGGUCGAUCUUCUAAGAGGGAAGCUAUCGAACUGAAGGAGGUCAUGGACUACACCUUACCAGAGGACAGAAACAAGCCUAGCCGAGAGGAACGUAAACUGCAGGCUGCUGUAGCGGCUUUCGAAAAGAAGCAAGAAAAAGAGAAGAAAAAGGCAGAAGCUCACAAAGAAAAGGAAGUGGUUGACACGAAAGACAAAAAAGGUCCUGGUCGACAAACGCGAAGCAGCAUUGGAAGUUCUGAAAGGCGUGGGCGAAAAGGAUCGGAGCGAAGUAUGGAAAGUUCUGUAAAAGAGAAGGAGAAAAAGACAGAAUCAGCGGUUGAGCCACCUGCCCCCAAGGAAGGUCUUCGUGGCAAAAAGAAGAGAGAAGAAUCGAAGGAAAAUGAAGUUGUCGAAGCAUCCACUUUGGUCCAACCUCCACGAAAACGGUGGGCAGCAGCAGUGAAAGAGAAUGAGGCUGCUCAACGAGCUUCUUCUCCUGAAGUGACCUCUUCUUCGUCCACCACUCCAAUGGCAACAUAUGAUGUUGUCGCAGCAGAUUCUGUCAGUCCUAGUCCUAGCAGCGUCGGCGGAAAAAAGCUCUGGCUGAGACGACAUGCUGCAGAAUCAGUUAGCGAAGAAAAUCUGCAAAUAGGUGAAAACACUGCUCCUGAACAACCACUAUCAUGUGCAGCCGAUUCUACAAGCGAUAUUGCUGGGGUUCCAACGAGAGUGCAGAUGAGUCCACCUCUGAAGAAAAGACGACAUAUGCUCGAAGCUUGUCAAUCCGAUGAACACGUUGCUGCUGCAGCCUUAGCUCAGAUGGGAUCAAAAGCGGAGGGAUUUCGUUUUCAAUGGAAUAUGGCGCUUCGCUCAUCAUUUGCGACUUUGGCUGAAGGAUCAGGCGUAGACUUCAAUUUAGCUGAAUCGGUUCAUAAGCCACUACCACUUCCAACUGUGCGCAGUAGUGCUACCUGUGCAGGUGCUGUCUCCGUGGACACUGCAGCGACGACGUCCACUGCAUCGCCGUUACCGAUGUCAUCACCGGUUGAAGUAAAAAAGGGAAAACGUCUAAGCUUGGAAGAUUAUAAAAGACGUCGUAGUACGAUGGUAACUGAGACUAGUACUGCUCCAUCAGGAACACCAUCCACACAGACUACUACCCAAUGUACCGAUUCUCGAAAUCGUACCGGAGAUGUUACCAGCAGAAUAACUCGUUCUUUCAUACCAUCAAUGGAUUCUCCCUUGGAACAUAACACUGUUUUACGGCCGUUGGACAGUGACAUCCCAAUUCCAAAGCUCGGACUCCCCCCUGACUUAGAAGUCGUCAAAAAGAUGAUUCUUGAAGAGUCUUGUCUUCCACCUCCACCUGUUCCUCCCCCAUUGCCCGUACCAGCAGAAGUUCCGAGUGCUGCUAUUGCAUCGACAAGCGAUAUGUCUAUCGGCUCAAGCUCUGAAUCUGGCGAAGAGCGAAUGUCACUAGCAGAUCGGCUUGCGAAGGAAUUCGGCGUUGGAACUGCUGGCAGUCCUCGAUCUCCUCCAAAAUUAGUCUUCUCUACAGGAAGUGGCCAUAGAGGAACUUCUGCCAGAGACGUACCACCCCCUCCUCCGCCAGGCCCGCGCCCAACUCGUAAUACCCGUUGGUGA